GCAAAGUGGUAUACUUCUUAGCAUGAGCGGCAUGCCAUAUACUCGUAUGUACAUAUUUAGUUAUGUAUAAAUGCAUAGAUGCUGUAUGUUGUCGGAGGUAAACAAGUUCUAAAUAUCAAAUAGGAGUUGUUAACUAAUUCGUGGGCAUAAUUGCAACUUGCAAAGUUAUCGCAAUUUUUGUACAUAAAAACCAAAAAUAAAAACAAAAAAAGCCAAACUACGAAAUAAAGUGCGCCGCACCGUAGUUUUAUUUAAAUAUACAAACAUAUUUUUAAAGGUGAAAUUAGUUGUUUUGUCGUGUACCGAAUUUUAAUUUCAAAAUUGUUUGAUAAAAGUACAAACCUAUCGAAGUGCUCAAUAUUUGAAUACAUCCACAACAAACAAACGUACAGAACGUGCUGGCAAGAAUUUUUAAAAAGCAAUGCAUGAUCACAUUGAAAAUUCAGCAGCUUUUGUAUCAAAAAGUUUGCAAGAAAUUGCCUUGAAUGCCGCCCAAGAGGAGUAUAAUUUAGUACCUGAGCCCGUCAGUAUAGAAUUCGAAGACUUAUCAUAUACAGUUGUUUGGGGAAGCAUCAGGAAAAAACGCAAAGAAAUUCUUCAUGGAUUAAGCGGAAAAAUACCAAGCAGUCAAUUAGUUGGCAUUAUGGGGCCAUCAGGUGCUGGAAAGUCAAGGCUUAUAGAUGUGAUUUCCGGGUUUACAACUAAAGGCAUAACUGGAUCUAUUUUAGUGAAUGGCACAUUGCGUAACUCAGCACGUUUCAGAUCCAUGUCCUGUUACAUAACACAAGAUGACAGACUGCAAGAAUUGCUGACUUUAGAAGAAAAUAUGAGUAUUGCUGCUGAACUAAAGUUGGGGAAAUCAAAAGGAGAAAAGCAAAAAAAAUAUAUCAUCGACGAGAUUACAAAUGCACUGGGUUUAUCGGAGCAACGCCACACAAAAACAUCUGAAUUGUCAGGUGGACAGCGGAAAAGACUCUCGAUCGCUUUGGAGCUGCUCAACAACCCCACUAUAAUGUUCCUCGAUGAACCAACCACCGGCUUGGACAACAGUUCAUGUACAAAAGUGUUGGAGUUAUGCAAACACUUGGCACAGCAAGGUCGAACUAUUAUUUGCACGAUUCACCAGCCGAGUGCAAGACUUUUCCAGCUAUUUGAUCAGGUGUAUAUAUUGGGGUCUGGAAAAUGUGUGUACCAGGGCUGUCCAAAUAAGUUAAUGCCAUUUCUAGAGUCCGUCAAUUUACCAUGCCCACUAUAUCACAAUCCAGCCGAUUUCAUUAUCGAAUUAGUGGUGGGGGAAAAUAGCAAAGAAAACAUUGAUUACUUGAAUUCGAACAUUCAAAAUGGCAAAUGUACUGAUUGGCUUCGAAAUUGCUGCACGGAUUCCUUUACAUCAGUUGACAAUCUACAUAAGACGAGUGUUUCAGACGUCGAACCACCGAGAACUGAAAUCGGCUAUUACUAUCAGUUACAGGUUCUUUUACGACGCGAUCUAAUCAAAAUGAAACGAAAUAAAAUGCUGACGCACCUACGAAUAGCCGCGAACGUUUUUGUUAGUAUAAUUUUGGGCGCUAUAUUUGUCAAUGUGGGCAGCGAAGCUUCACGAAUGCACCAAAAUUUUAACUGCUUAGUUGUUGUAAUGUUAAAUAACGUAAUGGGCACGGCACUAUUGACCUCCGUAACAUUUCCACUUGAAAUGUCUGUUUUACUUAAAGAACACUUUAAUCGGUGGUAUUCACUGAAAGCUUACUACACCGCCAUUACAUUGAUGGAUCUUCCAAUAACGUUUAUUUGUUGCCUUUUGUUUUCCGUAAUCGUCUAUGUUUGGACUUGCCAACCAAUGGAACUAUCACGUUUUUCUAUGUUCAUGGCGGUGAACUUCUUAUCGAUUGUUGUUGGUCAAAGCUGUGGACUGCUAUUGGGUGCAUGGUUCAAUGUGACUAAUGCUUUCUUCUUAACAACAAAACUGAUGAUAAUAGCGCUAAUAUUUUGUGGUCAAAGCAUUGUCCGUCGCGAUAUGCCUCCAAUAUUCCGCUGGGGUACAAGUCUUUCGUACUUUCGCUACUCCUUGGAAGGACUUAUAAAUUCUGUUUACGGACAAAAUCGACACCGAUUAAGUUGUAACGGGGCAUUUUAUUGUCACUAUAAAUAUCCAAAACAAUUUAUGGAGGUAAUGGAUAUACCUGAUCGAUACUGGACUGAUAUUGCUGCACUAUGUUUAAUCUCUAUGAUUUUUAGGAUAGCUGCAUAUUUUGUUUUAAAAGUUAAAAUACAAUCAACAAGAUAAAACCUCGGGUAAUAAAUUAUGGUGGAUUGAAUUAACUUUUUUUUUUGAACGUGUGUUGUAGCAGCAUUAUACAAGAGAACAUUGAUUUUAUAGAGAAGGUUCGGGAACGAAUGAGCAUGUAUCAUAAAUACCAAAUGCUAACAAAACGCGGCAACGAAGUUUUUGUAAUUCCAACACCUGAGAAUAUUAAUGGUGAGAAAUCGUCCAUUAACAUUCUCUGCUAACACGAUUGGGAAAAAGUUAGCAUACUGAGCAUAAUCAAGAGAAUUAUAGAUGGUGCUUGCAUUGAAAUGUAAAAUGCCGUGAUUUGGUGUUAGGUGAAAUAAAAUAAUGGCAGUUUAACAUUUUAACUUCCUUUUUUCUAAAUAAAUAUAACUCAAGUGCAUUCAAACAGCAGAGAAGUGCAUGUAUCUCCGCAACUUCCAGCAGCAGAAAUCGAGAAAGCCCAUCGCGCAAUAUGCAAGUUGGUACAACGAGGACAUUGCGGAAACGAACUCGCAGAUUUGUCUGCGUCACGUAAGUUCACGAAGAAAAGUUCAUUGUAAAGAGUGAUCAAUUUAGAGGUACUAGAUUUUAAAUUGAAAUAAAGCAACGAAAAUUCAAUUUAAUCAAGCAAUCAUUAUUAUUUUUGUGAAGAUAAAGACAAUCCCUUUCAAUCCCUUUGGUCUCAACCGCGCCAUAAUUCAGCCAUCCGUAAACACCAAUUUUGAAUGACUCGUUGGAGGACUUCGGUCGGUAUCUCGUAAAUACCUUUAGUAAAGUUGGUUUUCUAUCCUUCAAUCGAAGCUGGUUUGUCCAGAAAUCAGUUAGACUUUACAUAUCCCCACAAAUAAAAGCCCAAAGGUGUGAUAUCAAACGAUCUUGGUGGCCAAUCCACUGGUUCGAGACCAGAGAUAAAUUGCUCACCCAUAGGCCGCACCAAACGGUCGUUUUCAAUGGAUGUAAUGGCUGUUCUUGAAGAGCUUCGGAUUGCUCUUCAGCCUAAAAACGGUGAUUUUGAGGCCCAAAAAUGGGCCCCAUCGUUGUACAUCAUAAGGUGGCCUGAGCGCGGAA